UCCCCUCUUCUAUCCAUCUUUAUUGCACCUUUCCGUCUCAACCCUCUCCUGCUACUAUAUAUGCAUCAAGCUGCUCAGUACACUGCAUUCCAAAUCAACACCAAUCCUUCUUAUGGCUUCUCGCAGCAUGACCAAAUUUUGAAUGUAGCAGACCGACCUCCUUUGAACUGCGAGAGCUUCCUAGCAAGUUCCGACCAUGGUUUUGCUAAAGCUAGCUCUACGUUGGGAGCACAGCUGCUACAAGCUGGCCAAGAAGCUGCUCGCCCAUGUCUUCCUCCAGUACAAGACCACCACCUCCAACCAGAGAUCAGCAUCAGGCCUCCAGACUGUCUACCCCAGUGUCACCGAGUGCAGCUCUAGCUCUAACUUAGAAGGCCAAACGAUUGUGUGUGAUGACUUCCAUGGCACCCUCCUUAGGGCUCCCGACUCCUUGUUUCCUUACUUCAUGCUCGUGGCGUUCGAGGGCGGCAGCCUCUUGAGGGCCCUCCUCCUCCUCGCGCUCUCCCCUGCCUUGUGUCUCUUGGGGAAGCACGAGUUCGGGAUGAGGAUCAUGGCCUUCGUGACCUUCUGCGGGCUGAGGACGGGGGACCUGCGGCUGAUCACUAGGACUGUGCUGCCUAAAAUUUUCUUGGAGAACCUCCAUCUGCAGGCAUGCGAGGCGCUGAAAGGGAGGCGAGCUGUGGUGCUCACCACCUUGCCGAGGCUCAUGGUGGAGGGAUUCUUGAAGGAGUACUUAGAGGUGGGGGAGGUGGUGGGGGCGGAACUGCAGGUGGUGAAGGGCUGCUACUUCACGGGGGUCAUCUCUUGGCCUGACAAACAGAGAGCUCUCAGGGACAUGGUCAAGGCCGGUGCGGCCAUUGUGAACCUCUCCAACGUCCACCACCACCACCUCUUGGCCAAGGAAAUUUAUGUCGUGAGAGAGGAGGAAUCAAGGAGUGAGAGCAGCAAAAUGCCAAGAAACAAGUACCCGAAGCCACUUGUGUUUCAUGACGGAAGACUGGCUUUUCUCCCGACGCCAUGCGAGAUGAUGGCGUUCUUCAUGUGGAUACCCAUGGCAAUCCCUUUGGCCGUGUUCAGGAUCGCGAUGGGGAUCGUUUUCCCUUAUAAAAUAUCCAUCUUCAUCGCCGCCGUCACCGGAAUCCGAUUCCGGAGGGCCGGAGAUGGGAAAGCGAACGGGGAGAAGAAGGGGGUGGUGUACGUGUGCACGCACCGGACGCUGUUGGACCCGGUGAUGCUGUGCUCGGCGCUGGAGAGGACGGUGCCGGCCGUGACGUACAGCCUGAGCCGGGUGUCGGAGGCGCUGGCGCCGAUGCGGACUGUGCGGUUGACCCGGGACAGGGGACGAGACGCGGCGACGAUGCGGCGGCUGCUGGCGGUGGAGGGGGGCCUGGCGGUGUGCCCGGAGGGGACGACGUGCCGGGAGCCGUACCUGCUGCGGUUCAGCCCGCUGUUCGCGGAGGUGGCGGAGGAGGUGGUGCCGGUGGCUCUGGACGCGCGGGUGGGAAUGCUGUACGGUACCACGGCGAGCGGGCACAAGUGGCUCGAUCCGGUGGUGUUCAUGAUGAACCCGACGCCGGGGUACGAGGUGCAUAUCCUGCCGCCGGUGCGGCCGAGGGAGAUGACGACAGGAGAGGAGGGGUGGAGCGCGGCGGAGGUGGCGAACCGGAUCCAGAAGCAGCUGGCAGAAAAGCUGGGGUUCGAGUGCACGGCGUUGACUCGGCGGGACAAGUACAUGAUGUUGGCCGGGAACGAAGGAGUGGCAGCGCCGAUGCACCGACGUGAACACGAGAAGCAGCCGACCGACCAAUAGUCUGUAAUAAUUAAGCACUCCCGUUGCUGCCUGUUCCCGUAAAGUAAUUAGAUUUCCUGCAUGUAAAAAACAAAAAUUAUGGUAUGCAAGUCUUCGAUCGUUAUGUAAACCUGAUAUCACUAUGGGAAAUGUCAUCUGACUUAAUUAUUAAGCUUAAA